CUACAUCUCUGUCGAUCAACAACCGACUGUCUACGUGUCAGACAACAAGAAUCAUCGUGUGAUGAAAUGGAAUAAAGGUGCAAAAGAAGGAGUUGUCGUCGCUGGAGGUCAAGGCCAAGGGAAUGCUCUGACACAAUUUUCGCAUCCUAAUGGACUGUUUGUCGAUAUGUUGGGUACCAUCUAUGUGGCAGACUCGUGGAAUGUUCGAGUGAUGCGUUGGCCAAAAGGAGCGAAACAAGGUACUAUCAUUGUGGGUGGAAAUGGUGAAGGAGAAGAAGCAAAUCAGUUCAACGGUCCCGCUGGUUUGUCCUUCGAUCGACAAGGCAAUCUCUAUGUCGUCGAUCAUUACAAUAAUCGUGUUCAACGAUUUUCUAUCGAGUAA